AUGGCAGACUGGGGUACUGAUCUCCACCCGGAUAUCCUAUUUGUUAUAGUGAAAAAGAUAACUGAUCUUCCGGAUUACUAUCGAUUUAGUUAUGUUUGCAGAUCAUGGAGAAGUGCUGCUAUGGAGUAUAUCAGCUGCUAUGUCCCCUCCGGCGCUCCUUGUCUUAUGGUCCCGGAGAUUGACUAUGACAUUAGUUGCAAAUUGCGUCGUCUCCUACCCUUUUCAGUCGUUGGCAAGGAUGUCAAUAAAGAAGAAAGAGAUGAGUCGCCACAAAUCAGACUCGGGCAUAAAGCUCUCUGUUGUGGAUCCUAUCAAGGGUGGCUUGGGAUGAUAUCGAGUCAUGAGAAGCCGCAGAUGUACUUAUUGAAUCCGUUCUCAGAUACUCGUAUAGAUCUUCCUCCUGUGAGUAAUCGGAUGAGAGACCACGUGUCUAAUGGAAAGCAAGAUAUGUGCUAUGGCAAACUCAUAUUUUCUAAAACUCCUGAUUCAUCAUCAGAUGAUGAUUGCAUUGUCAUGAUUCUUCACGAUUAUUCCCACUUGGACUUUUGCAAGUUGGGUGACAAAGCUUGGACACCAAUCCAACGUCUUUCUAACUCAGACUCCGACUCGUCAUCAUUGACAGAUGCCAUAUAUUUCAAUGGGAAAUUGUAUGUGGUGUCGUGUUUCGGGGAGAUUUUGGCUUGUGAUCUUACUACCAGCACAACAGAAGCAAUACUGACAAGACAUUAUAAACCGCAUUACCCAAUACCCCGUAGGAUUACCUUUUGGCAUCUAAUGGAAUCCCGCGGAGAAUUAUUUCGAAUCUGGCAUAAAGUUUGCUAUAAACGAAAUGGACGCAAGGUCAUCAAGCAAAUAGAAUCCCUGGGUGAGAAUGGAGGAGAAGUAGAUGUCUACAACCUAUUUGAUGCGCAUUAUACCCGGCGCAAAUAUCGUUAUAAAACUUGUGGUUUCGAAGUACAUAAGUUGGGAUCAAAUUCAACUUGUAUAAAAGUCGAGAGUUUCGAUGGAGAGGCAGUGUUUUUGGGGAAGAAUCAAUCCUUUUCUCUCCCAAACCCUAAUGUUUUUGGGUAUCAAGGAAACCGAAUAUAUUUCAGUGAUGACAGAAUACAAAGUUACGGCAUGGGUGUAUUCAACAUGGAAGAAAAUUGUGUUAUGAAGCCACUCUACUUGGAAAAUUCUCAACUUCCAAAUUCUCCUCCGAUUUGGGUUACUCCAAAAUAG